AUGGCUGAAGAGAAUUUGUCGUUGAGGACUUUAAGGGAAUAUACUACACCAACAGCUACUCAAUCAGCAAGUCAGAGGCCGACACUUAACAUUCAAACCUUUGAAAUUCGGCGGAAUACCAUUCAACUAUUAUUACGACUAUUUCCAUUCUCCUUGAAGGAUAAAGCUAAGACAUGGCUGUAUUCAGAGCCUACAAAUUCAAUUCGGACAUGGGAUGAUCUCAAAACAAGAUUCUUGGCAAAAUAUUUUCCACCUGCGAAGACCGCAAGGGUUCGCCAAGAAAUUUUGACAUUUAAUCAAUAUGACAAGGAGCCACUUUAUGAGGCAUGGGAGAGGUUCAAGGAGCUACUGAGGAAGUGCCUACACCAUGAGAUUCCAGACCGUACUUUGGUUGAUGCUGCAUCUGGUGGAGCACUCAUGGGAAAGAACCAUCGAGAAGCAUGGGAUUUGCUGGAGACAAUGGCCACAAACAACUACCAAUGGCCGAGCAAGAGGAUCAAUCCUAAACCAGCCCCUGUGUUUGAGCUUGAUGCAAUGGCUAUGCUAACCGCACAAAUCUCUUCCCUUACUAAAAAAGUUGAUUCUUUGAGCGUUAAUUCCACUAAUUCUCCAACUAAUACUUGUGAUUUUUGUGCAGGUCCUCACUCCAUAUCUGAGUGUACGAUCACUAUGGAGCAAGCUAGUCAAAUUGGAAAUUUCAACAGACAGCGCAAUGACCCAUACUCUAACACUUACAAUCCAGGCUGGAGGAAUCAUCCGAAUUUUUCAUGGUCGAAUAACCAGAAUGUUCAGAGACCACCACCUGGUUAUGCUCCUCAAGAAAAUAAGGUAAAUUUGGCUUUAACUCAAUUGACUACAGUCUCUACACAAUUCAUGGCGGAAACAAAGACCAACUUUCAGAAUCAACAAGCAUCCAUUCGAAACUUGGAGAUUCAAGUCGCACAAAUAGCUGAGGCAUUUAGUGGCAGGGAUAGAGGAUCCUUGCCAAGUCAGACAGAAAUAAAUCCUAAAAAUCAAGAACAGGCGAAAGCCAUCAGUUUGAGGCGAGGAAAGCAAGUUAAAACUGCCGUUGAUCUCGAUGCAGAGAAGGAUGACCAGCGGGUAGAAUCUGACAUAGGAAAUAAUACUCCAGCACCUACUGAAGAAUCAGUUGAUACUACAGUUCGGAAGGCUACUGUGCCAAUUCCUACUUAUGUACCACCCAUUCCAUUUCCACAAAGGCUGCAGAAGAAGAAUGAUGAUGAGAAAUUCUCUAAGUUUCUCUCUAUGUUCAGAAAAUUGGAAAUAAAUAUUCCCUUUGCUAACACUCUUGAACAGAUGCCGAAAUAUGCCAAAUUCAUGAAAGACAUACUUUCCAAGAAGAGGAAGUUCGGCCAUCAUGAGAAGAUUCAACUCAAUGAAGAAUGUAGUGCUAUUUUGCAACGAAAACUUCCACCAAAAUUGAGUGACAGAGGGAGUUUCAAAAUUCCAUAUGUGAUCGGCACCCAAUUAUUUCAGCGAGCCUUAUGUGAUUUGGGGGCUAGCAUCAAUCUCUUACCAUUAUCUGUUGCAAAAAUUUUGGGCAUUGGAGAUAUUAAGGCAACUACAGUUUCUUUGCAGAUGGCUGAUCGCUCUAUCACCUAUCCAGAAGGCAUUAUUGAAGAUGUAUUAGUGAGAGUUGGAAAGCUAAUUUUUCCAGCUGAUUUUCUGGUCUUAGACAUGGAGGGAGAUUCGGAUACGCAGCUGAUUUUGGGUCGUCCUUUCUUACUCACGGCUCGCACACUUAUUGACGUGGAGCAAUGA